CUAUACAUCAAUACAUGGAUCAUGAAAAUCAGGCGCAGCAGCAUAAUGCAAGGGUGAAAAAAGAAAAGAAGAAGAAAAAGAAGAAGAAGGCUAGGGGAAGCUCUGCUUAGCUAGGGAAGAAAAUCAGGAAGGUACGCCGGAAAUGGAAGCAGAAUUAGCUGUGACUGCGGAGAAGAUAGUACUGUCAGUAUUGGUGGGUGGCUGCUUGAUCUUGUUUUCAUAUCUGUAUGACCUUCUGCUGCUAAGGCCUAAAUCCAUUAGAUCAAAGCUGCAAAAGCAAGGAAUUCGAGGGCCUCCUCCUACAUUUCUGUUGGGAACCCUCCCUGAAAUGAAGAGACUCCAAAACAAGCAGCAGGGUCAGUCAACGGCAACAACAACAACAACUGAUGAUGAUGGUCGCGAUCGUGUAGCUUCUGUUUCUCAUCAAUGGCAUUUAAAACUCUUCCCUCACAUAGAACAGUGGAGAAGUGAAUAUGGUCCAACAUUUUUGUAUUCAACUGCACACAUACAACAAUUAGUAACAACAGAUAUGGAAUUGGUGAAGGAAUUUAGCUUGUGCAAGUCUCUAGUCCUGGGAAAUCCUUCUAUAACAUCCAAGGUUCUUGGGCCACUAUUGGGACAGGGACUAUUAGCUUCGAAUGGAUCAAUGUGGGAGCAUCAAAGGAAAAUUAUAGCUCCUGAACUAUACCCUGAAAAGGUGAAGGGAAUGAUGAACCUGAUAGUAGAUUCAACAACCUCAAUGCUAAGAACUUGGGAUAAAGAAGUCCACAGUCAGAGAGGACUUGCAGAAAUUAGAGUUGAUAAUCAUUUGAGAAACUUAUCAGCAGAUGUCAUCUCAAAAGCUUGUUUUCAUAGCAAUUAUUGUCAAGGAGAAGAAAUAUUUUCGAAAAUUAGGAAGCUGCAAAUCGUUUUGGCAAAGGGAUUGUUGGGGAUAGAAGGCUUGACCAGAUGGUUUCCAACACCAGGAAAUAGAAAGAUAUGGAGACUGGAGAAGGAAAUUGAAUCACUAAUAAUGAAGGUGGUAAAACAACGCAAUGAAGGUUCAUGCGAGAAAGAUUUGCUGCAAAUGCUUCUUGAUGGGGCAAAAACUUCUGGUAACUUACAUGGCCUAUCACAGAAGAAAUUUAUAGUUGAUAACUGCAAGACAAUGUUCUUUGCUGGCCAUGAGACCACUGCGCUUGUAACGUCAUGGAGCUUGCUGUUACUAGCUCUCCAUCCAGAUUGGCAAGCUCGUGCUCGUGCCGAGGUACUUCAACUUUGUGGUGAUAAGCCUCCAGAUGCAGAUAUGCUUCGACGCAUGAAAGUGCUCACGAUGGUGAUUCAGGAGGUACUGCGUCUUUACCCACCUGUAUUCUUCGUAGCAAGAGAGGUAUUUGAACCCAUAACAUUUAAAAACAUUACAUUUCCAAAGGGUGUGCUCCUUCAAAUACCAAUCCCUUUCUUACACCAGAACCCUGAUCUAUGGGGCUCCGAUGCUCAUAAGUUUAACCCAGAAAGAUUUGCCGAUGGGAUUAGCAAGGCUUGCAAGUCUCCUCAAGCCUACAUGCCUUUCGGAGCAGGUUCUCGUAUAUGUGUUGGUCAGCACUUGGCUAUGACAGAACUUAAGGUGUUUCUCUCUAUGAUGCUCUCGAAUUUCUGCUUCUCCUUCUCAUCAGCAUACCAGCAUUCGCCUGUGUAUAACAUUGUUACUGAACCUGAACACGGUAUUAUCCUACAUAUCCGCAGAGCUUCUUGAUGCACAGAAAGCAUAAGGCUAAUCAUAUCGAUGUUACUAUGAUUUUAGGUUUUGAACUGGAAGUAUCAUUCACUCACCGAAUAGGAGCUAGUAGUGAACAAUUUAUAUGCUGUUAUUCUGUUAAUAAGCAACUAAGCUUGAUCCAUAUAAGCAAUAUUUCGUUUUCCAUUUGAAGAACUUAGGAGUUCAUUUACAGGGUACGAUAUGUCACCUUAUUUUUCAUGUGACCAGGUAUAUCUUUUACUUUCCUGUUAAUGUUAGGAUUUACGAACCAAUGGUA